AUUUAUAUUUGUCUUCUGCACUUGUCAUUGCCGUCAUUGCGUGACCUUUGCACGUUGUGUUUCGUUUCGUGCAUUCGUUUUAAAUCCGUAAAAUAGUCAGGGUGACUUAAAUUUUUGGUUUUCUACUGCAAGUUCAGCUGUUAUCUUCAAUCAUGCCUGAAAGGAAAUUUUUCGUUGGUGGAAAUUGGAAGAUGAAUGGUAGCAAAUCAUCUAUAGAUGGCAUAGCAAAAUUUCUGUCUGAUGGGAAUUUAGAUCCUAACACAGAAAUCGUUGUUGGCUGCCCAAGUAUUUAUAUGGAUUAUGCUAUUUCAAAAUUACCAAAAAAUGUUAAAGUUUCUGCUCAAAAUUGUUACAAGGUUCCUAGUGGUGCUUUUACUGCUGAAAUCAGCCCUGCCAUGAUUAAAGACAUUGGUUCAGACUGGGUAAUCCUUGGUCACUCUGAGAGGCGUAAUGUCUUUGGUGAAACAGAUGAUUUGAUAGCAGAAAAAGUUGCCCAUGCUUUAUCGGAAGGAUUAAAUGUAAUUGCUUGUGUUGGAGAACUGUUGGAGGAACGUGAAUCUGGAAAAACUCAGGAGGUUGUAUUUCGGCAAACUAAAAAGAUUGCAGAUAAAGUUUCUGAUUGGUCCAAAGUAGUUAUUGCGUAUGAACCAGUAUGGGCAAUAGGAACAGGAAAAACAGCUAGUCCUGAACAAGCACAGGAAGUACAUGAACAGCUUCGUAAAUUUUUGAAAGAAAAUGUAUCUGAUGAAGUUGCUAAUAGUACUAGAAUCAUCUAUGGAGGCUCUGUAACUGCUGCUAACUGCAAGGAAUUAGCGAAAAAGGCUGAUGUAGAUGGUUUUCUUGUUGGAGGUGCAUCUUUGAAGCCUGAAUUUGUUAACAUUAUUAAUGCUAAGCAAUAAAAUGUGUCUUCCAAGCUUUUCUUCCAAUAAUGUCAUCCUCAUUUGAACUCAAAAUUUUUUUCUUGUAAAUUCUAGUUUGAAAACUUGCUAUGAAACUGUACAUAACAUUGUGUUCCAGUUGUUAAGUUUUAUUCCAAAUCAUUAAAUUAAUUUAUUGUAAAUCUUCACAAAA